UAAAUUUACCAAAAAGCACAGACACGCGGUCUCCUCUCCUCUUGCAGCCCCUCGCCGCAAAAACCCCCAACCACCACGCAGCGUUUGCAAUCUCAGACCCUAACCCUAACCCUAAUCGCCGCCGCCGUUUCAAUGUCCACGAAGAGUGCGGGGGAGGAGAUCGAGGAGCUGAGGGCGAAGGCGAUAGCCUCCAUGCCGACGUCUUCAGCAAACCCUAGCUCCGGCCCAAGAUCCAAAUCCUCGCAAUCUAAAGAAGAGGGCGAGAUCUCUCCCUCUGAAGACGCCGCCUCUGAACUACCAACUUGUUCUGGUGCACUACCCAAUGCCACAAUAUUGGAGGAACAAGCACCUAUGGUUUCUGUGGAUGAUCAUGAUCUGGCAAAAUCAGAUUUUUCUACACUAAAAACACUUCGUUCUAGCAGUCCAAGCAUGGUAAAUGCUCAGGUCCAAACAGCAGCUGCGAAAAACUAUAGUAAGCAUUUUAAGACAGCUCAGGUGCCACACAAAGCUACCAAUAAUCGCAAUCUUUCCUGGCAUGGGAAAGGUUCAGAUGAGAAUCUUGUGAUAAGCUUUUCAGAUGAUGACAGUGAAAGCAAUUCUGAAGAAUCUGAAUCAGAAAAAACUAUCAGCAGAAAAGAAAAUAUUGCUAGAGCAAACAGAUCUGAAGUGCCAAUAGCAUCCACUCCACUUCCAUCGAGAAAAUUGCAAGGAUCAAAUAGAACAAAUCUUGUGCAGAAGAAAGGAUUGGUGAAUCCUGCUCGCAUUUCUGAUAUGAGAACCCGUUUGACAAGUUCCAAUUAUGUAGGAACUCCAGCUGAGAUGGAUUCUCUGGCUCCAAGACAUAAACUUAGCACCAAAACUUCAGCAAGGCAAGAGCAAGGCUAUGGACCAGAUUCGUAUGCGGCUUAUCAUAGAUUAGCAAAUUUACGUCAGGAAAUUGUGCUACGGGAGAAUAAACUGAAGGCACAAAAUAAAUCGAUUCCUCAAAGUAAUGAAAAAACUGGUGGUCCUCAUAGUGGUACUGGUAACCGUGGUCCUCAUGCCGUGGUACUAGCAACCAAGGCUACUGGUGUUAAAAGACCCGCCUCUGUUGCUGAUAAAGGAUUGAUACCAAAGGAGAAAGUGCAGAAACAUCUGAAACCUUCUGUAGGCACAAUUGGCAAACAUAGUUCUAUUAAUCAAUUGAAAUUACCUAUAUCUGCCGUCAAAUCUGCUCAUGGAUGCAGUUCACAACUUAUGGAAAAUGACGGUCAUCUCCACAAGAGAGAUAUAAUGGAGUCUCGCAACCACAAGAAUGAAAAUCAACAACAUGCUGCUGUUACAAGCACCAUGAUGUCAUCUGGAGGUUUGCUGAAAGUGAACAACGGACCUACAGUACCUGUCUCUGAAACCAUGUGUUCCAAUGCGUUGGUCUUUUCUAAGAAUAGGAAUCAAAGUAAGUUGGUUUCUGAUGUCUCUCGUAGUUAUGAUAACUCUGAGAAGAGGGAGAUAGCCAUAAAUUUUCAUGGCAUACCUGGACAAAGGCCAUGCCUAUCGCAGAUAGAUCCUAAUAUAGAGGAUGGAGCACUUCGUGAGAGCAAUGUGUUACUCCAUAGAGAUCCGAACAGAGAAUUACCAGGUUCCAAUAUAACAAGAUGUACUGAUGUUUCUACCAUGCUCCCAAACAAAGUGCCAGGGGACCAUAAUAUAAUGGGAACCCGACAAACUCUAGCUUCAACUGCGGCACAAAGACCUCUAGAGACAUCAAGUCAUUUUUCUCAGAGGUGCGCAGGUCAAGCCUCAGAUGGCAAGUCAGGCAACACUGAGGCAUCUCUGCAAAACCCAAGCAUCUUAAAUUACUCUACUCAGAUAAAUACACCGGGAGAGGCAAGCAUGAACUUGCAAUCUUUAAUGGAAUUGGAGGACUUGCAAGACAAAGAGUUGGAAGAGGCACAAGAACUCAGACGCAGGUGUGAGCUUGAAGAAAGGCGUGCGCUCAAAGCUUAUCGCAAAGCACAGAGAGCUUUGUUUGAUGCCAAUGAAAAGUGCUGCCUCCUGUAUAGAAAAAGGGAACUGUUCUCUGCACAGCUUAGAGGGUUACUUAUGCAGGCUUCGGAUUCCAUAUUGCCUUCUGGUUGGCAGAGUCAUGGCGGAACCGUAUCUGAAUCUAUAGAAACUCUUCCAGAUGCUAGGUUUGGUCUAUUGUGUAGUUUGGGACAUCACCUUGCUGUUGAAGGUCGAAGUGUUGGUCAGUUUGGCUCUGACUCUAACACUAGAUGCUCAAGUGAUGCCCGAGCUGAUGCAUCUUGCCAAAAGUUAAACGAGCAUGAUCUUGUAUCUGCCCAAUGUGAACAGGAUGCUAGUGCAUUAGAUCAUAGAGAUAACCAUGCUUUAGAUGGCGCAUUAAGUCCUGCCUUCCAAUCCAAUGCAUCAAAUGAGGAUGAUGAGAACUAUGCUUUUGAACAGAGACCUCUUCGUUUUCAAGUUCUUUCGGAGGUAAAUCAUGUUCAAACAACUUCUGGUAUGACCGAAGCAAUAAGAUUGCCAUCUGAUGAGAUUGCCCAAGAUUAUGGACUGCUUGAAGCUUCCUUGAGAUCCAAGUUAGUUAAGCGAUUUGGUAGCAGAUUCCCAUACAAGAAUAACAAGAUAGGUGAAGCAGAAUGCCUUGUUCAGGAAGGAACUGAUAAGAGUGAAGAUGCUACAAACUUCACUUUUUCUGACCAACAAAUGCAAGAGGGAGAGAAAACUGAAAUAUUAUAUCUGGAAGGUGUUGAAAGACUAGGAGGAAGUACCAACCAGCUUGCUGCUGAUAGCCAGUCUCACAAUAAUAGCUUCUCUUUAGUUGAUGAGGGCCGUAUGGAUAGAGAUUUUCAAGAGGAUAGUUUCUUGGACACAGAAUCUUGCAGGCCAAACCAAACAACUGGUUCCAUUUUACCUUCUUCUGUUCUGCAUGUUGCAUCUAGACAUGCAAAGUCCAUGCUGCUUGUGUGUUUAAGUGACUUAUCCUCUACAGGAGAGAAGGAAACUGUAUUGAGAGAAAAGAUCACUGAAUGCAUGCCAGAUGAAAAGAGUACAUCCCUCCAUGGCAUGGUAUUUUCAAGAAUAGGUAAAUUGGAACUCCAUAAUUAUGAUCUUACUAUUGAUCCCUUCUGGCCCUUCUGCAUGUUUGAGCUCCGUGGGAAAUGUAACAAUGAAGAAUGCCUGUGGCAGCACAUCAAACACCACACUCAUAGAAACUUAAAGAACAAUGGUCAGGCCAGCCUUUUACCUAGUGUUGCAAAUUCUGAUAAUCGCCCUGGGCCUCCUCAUUACCUUUUUCCCUGUAUUUUACCAAUUCCAUCUUAUCACAUUGGUUCGGUACCCAUAAAAGUUGAUUCUCAUCUGUCUCAAUCAGUACUGGCAAGGAGUAUUUGGCAAUAUUGGCAGAGGGGGUUUUGUGCUUCCUUUUCUUUACCCUUUUCCGUUCAAAGAGUUCUUCCUCCAGAUGUGCCAUUCUUACAAACUUGUGAUGGUCCCGUUGCAGAUGGUUAUAGUUGGAACAGACUUGCUUUGUAUUAUCAAACUCUAGAUGGUUCAAUGCAAUCUGUUCAUGAAUUGCCUGAAUCUGAACAAUCCUUGGAGAUGGCACUUGAUCUGUUUGAUGGGAGUGUUUGCAAACCAGACAGAAAGAAGGCUCUAUGCUUGUUAUCACGAGCAAUUGAAGUCAACCCCACUUCUGUAGUUCUUUGGGUUGUCUAUCUGCACAUUUAUUACGCAAAGGAGAAGAACAUCGGGAAGGACGAUAUGUUCUUCCAUGCAGUGCAAAACAACGAUGGUUCUUACGAACUGUGGCUCAUGUAUAUUAAUAGCCGGAGGCAGCUAGGUGAUCGGCUCAAUGCAUAUGAACAUGCAUUGAUGAAAUUUUGCCGCACUGAAAACGUUCUUGAGAAGGAAAGAAGAUAUAUCAGCGCAUGCAUUUUGGACAUUUUCUUGCAAAUGAUUGAUUUUGUUUGCAUGUCUGGACAAGUGGAGAUGGCUGUACAGAAAAUAUUUGGACUUCUUGGGAACUCUGGUGACACGUUGCUCUCAGAUAUCCAUUCAUCCUUGAUAGUCUCUGACAGAUGUAUAUUUUGGUUUUGUUGUCUUUAUCUAGUAAUUUACAGGAAACUUCCAGAGCUAAUCGUACAGCAGUUAGAAUUUGAAAAGGAGCUGCCAUUCAAUAUUGAAUGGCCGUCCACUCACCUAACAACUGACACAAAACAUCAUGUUUUGAAUCUGAUGAAACUAGCAGUUGAUAAGAUGGCUUUAGAUACUGAUGCCAAUCCUCACAGAAAAGAUCAAAUUGCUCUUAGGUCAUUGCACUUUCUGGCUGUAAGCCACAUCAAAUGUGUAGUGGCACUUGAGGGCUUACAUUGUUCUGCAGAAUUGUUGGCCAGUUACUUGAGCUUGUACCCAAACUCCAUCGAACUGAUUCUGAUAUCUGCUCGUUUGAAGGAAAACUAUACUGGGGAUUUGGUUUUCAAGGGUUUCGAAGAAUUACUUUCUAAUUGGCCAAGUGAAACUUCAGGCACUCAGUGCCUAUGGAACCAAUACAUACAACAUGCUCUAGUAAAUAAAAGGACUGAUCUUGCAGAAAUUCUUUUGGAUCGUUGGUUCCAAUGUUUCUCUGAAGAUAUAAACCUGCAUGAAGGCAAGGAUGGUUCAUGUGAUUGCUCUGACCUACCUUCACAUGUAAAGUCUGAUGGUGGAUUAAAUAGCUCUAAGCAAUAUGAUGUUUUUUGGUUCCUCAAUCUCUCUCUGUAUAGGAUAAUGAAGAAAAACUUAAUGGAAGCACACUGUGCUAUUGAUAAAGCUCUGAAGCUUGCUUCACCUCAAGAUUAUAAACACUGUGUAAGGGAGCAUGCUGCAUUUACUUUAGCAAAUGAAGCUGGGUCUGAGAGCGAUAAACCUUUCAACACUAUAUUGGGACUUCUAAAUGGUUACAUGGCAGAUUCCCGUUCAAUGACCAUCUUGGAACCAUUAUCAAGAAAAUACUAUCGUUACAUCAGGAGGCCUAGAGUUAGGCAGCUCAUUUAUAAUGUCUUUGGUCCAGUUCCAAGGGAUGCCACUUUACUGAAUUCUGUUCUUGAAGUAUGUUACGGGACAUCACUUCUUCCAGAAAAACUUGAUGAGCCCAAGGCAUUGAUUGAUUUUGUUGAAUCUCUUAUGGAAAUUACACCAACAAAUUACAAGUUAGCUCUCUCAGUAUACAAGUUAACUAUGAAUUUCUGUCAUCCUAGUGUUUCAGCCAAUGCUAUUAAGUUUUGGGCAUGCUCGAAUUUGAUUAACUCCAUAUUCCAGGCUAUCCCUGUAGCACCUGAGUAUAUAUGGCUCGAAGCUGCUACUGUCAUGAGAAAUUCAGAAAUUUUGGAUGUUUCUGUGAGGUUUCAUCAGCAGGCGGUAUCAGUCUAUCCCUUCUCCAUUAAAUUGUGGCGGUCAUACUUGGAUAUCUGUAGAAGUACUGAUGAUAUUGAUAAGAUCGUAAAAUGUGCAAGAGAAAGAGGUGUUGAACUUAGCUGAUUUUUUGCUGUGUUCAUCUGUAAGAAAUUUAUGAAUGUGCAUUAGAAGCUACGGGAAUCAAGUAGAGAGAUGCAUGAUAUCCAAUGAGUUUUAUCGUCAUUGGGAUCAAAGGCGAACAAAUGGAAGUAGCAUUGUUGUUAUAUAAUUCUCCUGAUUGAAAGUUUGCUGACACGAAAGUCUGUGCUAUGGGCACUCGGGAGUUACAUAGAUGGAUACACAUAUAAAUACUUGUUAUAUAGGAAACUUGGAACUUUGUUGUCUAUUUCUGAUUUGUUAUUUGUUUAUAGUUUGGCAUUGUAAGGGAGAAUACUUCAGGGCUGUUGCUCUGUGUAGCGAGAAUGAAAAAUGAAAUUUUACUGAAAGAUUUUAAAGCUA